UUCUUUGUAUCCAGGAAGUGAACUCGUGUUUGCUCGGCGGAACUAUUUUCUUUGUAUCCAGGAAGUGAACUCGUGUUUGCUCCGGAUCUUUUAACAGGUAACACAGCGGUAGAAAGCGGGGAAACAAAAACAGUAUGGCCAAGUCAAAAUCGUUUCUGGUGCUGUGCAUGGACGUGGGCUUUUCCAUGUCCAACUCAGCACUUGGUGAAGAAUCAUCAUUUGAACAAGCCAAAAAAGUCGUUCAGAAGUUUGUCCAACGUCAGGUAUUUGCAGAAGCUAAGGAUGAAUUAGCAUUGGUUCUAUUCGGCACUGACUCCACCGAGAACCCGCUGGCCCAGGAUGACCAGUACCAGAACAUCACUGUACACCGCAACCUGAUGAUACCUGAUCUGGAGCUUCUGGCGGAGAUUGAGAAUCAGGUCCACCCAGAGAAUCAGCAGGCUGACUGGUUAGAUGCCCUCGUUGUCUGCAUGGAUCUCCUUCAAACAGGAACAAAUGGGAAAAGUUAUGACCGACUCAACAUCGCCUUGUUGAGUGACCUCGCUACUGAAGCAGACUCUGAGCAACUGGACGUCAUCAUUGAAAACCUCAAGCAAGCCGGCAUCACCUUGCAGUUCUUUUUACCUUUUCCUGUUGAAGAUGAAGCAAAAGAUGCUGGGGAUGCGGGCAGAGGAGGUCCUGGUGCUCCUGGCUCUGGUAAAGGUCUUUCCAGGGAGCAGAAGAGCGGACUGGAAAUGGUCAAACACAUCAUGCUCAACCUGGAUGAGCAGGAAGGUCUUGAUCAAAUUUACACGCUGAGGAAUGCAAUUGAGCAACUUCAUAUGUUUAAGUGCAUUGAGAGACGACCUAUGGCCUGGCCCUGUCAGCUGACCAUCGGCAGCAGUCUUUCCAUCCGCAUCGUUGGCUUCAAAGCUGUGACCGAGGAGAAGCUGAAGAAAACGUGGCUCACGGUUGAUGCUCAGAGCAAUCAGAAGGACGACGUGAAGAGAGAGACCGUGUACUGUCUGGAUGAUGACAACGAGACGGAGGUGCCAAAGGAUGACAUUAUUCAAGGUUUUUGCUACGGAAGUGAUAUUGUUCCCUUCUCCAAAGUGGAUCAAGAGCAGAUGAAGUACAAACACGAUGGGAAGUGCUUUGCUGUUCUUGGCUUCACCAAACGGAAUCUGGUUCAGCGCCAUUCUUUCAUGGGAUAUCAAGCCAUCAAGAUAUUCGCUGCACUUAACGAUCAGCAUGCGGGAGUGGCGCUGUCCGCUCUGGUGCGGGCACUGGAUGAACUCAAGAUGGUUGCCAUCGUUCGCUACGCCUACGACCGCCGCGCUAACCCUCAAAUAGGAGCAGCUUUCCCUUGCAUUAAGCAGCACUACGAGUGUCUCAUAUACGUCCAGCUUCCCUUCAUGGAAGACCUUAGUCACUUUACCUUUGCGUCGCUGGACAGCAAGAAAUUUACACCUUCAGACACACAGCUGCAGGCUGUCGACUCUCUCAUUGACUCCAUGAUGUUGGUGGAGCAGGACGAAGAUGGAGAUCUACAAGACAUGGUCAAAGUCCACAACAUUCCUAACCCGCAAUUCCAGAGGCAUUUCCAGUGCUUACAUCAUCGGGCUGUCAACCCCGGCACCCCCUUACCCCCGAUGGAACCCUGGCUAGCAGCUGUACUUGACCGCCCAGAUGUCAUUAAGGAACGUUGUGGAGCACCAUUGGAGGAGGUGAAAAGGAUGUUUCCUCUCAAAGAGGUGGAGAAGAAAAAGAAGCUGAAGACCAGUGCUCAGAUCUUUGGAAAAGAUUCAGAGCAGCCCGAUGCCAAGAAGGCAAAAGGAGAUGCUGCUCCUGCGGAGGAGGAGGAGGAGUAUAAUCUGGCUGACAUUUCUGAAGGUUCUGUUACUUCGGUAGGAAGCGUCGAUCCUUCCCGGGAUUUCCGCAUCCUCAUCAAACAAAAAAUACUUCCAUUCAACAAAGCCUGCGAGCAGCUGACUCACAGAAUCGAGCAGUUGCUAGGCAACAAGAACACGCAGUACUAUAUGAAAAGCAUCACCUGUAUCCAGGCCUUCAGAGAGCAGUCAGUAAAGCUGAGGAAUGCCGAUCUGUACAACAGCUACCUCCAGUCCCUGAAAAGAAGCAUCUCAACAAGAGGGCUGGAGGUCUUCUGGGACCUGCUUGUCCAAGAUGCCGUAUCUCUUAUUAGCCAGGACGAGGUGCAAGGAAGUUCUGUAUCCAAACACGAAGCCACUCAGUUUCUGCUUGCUGAGGAGAAGAAAGACGACGCGGUCACAAUAACAGAAGAUGACACCGGCGAUGUUGAUGACUUGCUGGACAUGAUGUAAGAAUGAAGGCAAUGGGAGCGACUGCGAAAAAACUGAAAAGUAUGCAUCACUGUGUUUAUCUGUUCAGUCGUCUAUUGUUUCACCUCCCACGUGGAGACCUUUUGCUACUUUUGUAUGAACAAAACUAAUAUUGUUUUUCUUUGUAAUGCUUAAUAUUGGACAAUGAGGUCCGAAAAUUGACCAAAAAAAACAAAACACUGUAAUAUAGCUCGGCCUGUUAAAUCCGAUUUAUUGUGUAUUGGAUAUAGUGUCAGAUUGUACAGUGCAUAAGAGGAAUAGUAAAUGGAAUUAACAUCAGUAGCACCAAUACAAGAUACGUCUCCAGCGUGAUUACUCGUUAACAAAUCCAUCGGAAAAAAUGGUCAAAAAAGCCUGACCGCCACUCAGACCAGUCCUUUUCUCUGAAUACGGCAUUCUCAUCUCCCAUUGCCAGUUUCAUUAAGACUUCUUGAUCCACGUCAUUCCCUGCGGCGAUCACCGUGGGCACCACUUGCGCCCCACGCAUGGCCCUAACGGCUUCAUCCAGGUUCUUUUUGUCUGUGACUCCAUCCGUGAUGAAAACAAAUGCAAUUUCUGCAUGGCGUCUCGUCUGGCGAGCCGGUCCCUUGCCUAGUACUCUGUCGAUGGCGUGAGUGAUGGCUGCCCCCACGUUCGAUGAAGAGUCCAGAUAACCCAAACGCGCGAUACCGUCGGCGAUGAGAACAGGGUCGUGCGUGAGAGGGAAAGCCACAAAGUUCUCACCGUCGUCGCCGUAUUGCAAUAGAGCCAAGCGAGCUCGCAGGCGAUCUGUUCUGGUUCUGGCGAGUACCAGUCUAUCCGGCACCGUUUGUAAGAAUUCACGGAUGUGACGGAAGUUCUGCGCUCCGAGGCGUUCGGAACCGUCAAGCAGGAAUACCAAAUCGACUGGACGUUGGGCACAGGGAGCAACAUCUGGCUCUACAAACACGGAACAAGUAACAAAAUAAAUAGCUUCUAUUGGAGUUUUAUUGGAGGUUUAGCUUAGGGAAAAUAGACCCAGACCCAGUGCACCUACCGGUCUUGCAGGGGAGAUCAGGGCACACAACAACUGGAUCUGGAAGGGGAGUCAAUGGUUAAAACAACAUUUAAGACCACGACCGUGAAUGUUUUAACCACUGACCGGGACAAAGAACAGUCUCCAUUUUGUCUAUGAAGUCCUCUGCGACCAAGUCAACGAAAUUCUUCAUCCCUGUGACUCGCCCCUUUUGGUCGCACGCUAUGGAGCCCAGGAUCUCGUCAUCCUGGGCUUUUCUAAACAUAUCCCCGACCCCGAUUGCAUUUACCGCAACGCUGCUGUCCCGGCAGAGGUAUUUGAGUAGAUCCUCAUCGUCACGCGGAUCGAAGCGUCCAUCUGUGAUCACAACCACCGAUAUUUUAGCUCGGGCUCUCUUGCCGUCCCUGAUGAGGUGAUCGUAAGCGAACUUGAGAGCCGAGGGUGUGAAGGUGCCGCCGGCAAUCCACUGAAGAUUUUUCACCGCCAUUUUAAAAGCAGACAUGGAGUUUAUGUUGGGGUCAUCGAGUCGAAUGGCCUCAAAGGUCCCGUUGUGACUGUACUGCACAACUCCAACUCUUGUACCUGAAAGAGGCAGAUGUUAGAAACUCUGGAACCCAAAAAAAACUCCUGUCACUUGAGGCGUUUUAUGGUAGCAUUCACAAGGCAAUCUUACCGGUCGGAGACGCGGGGUUAGCGGCCAUUGAUCCCAGACGAUUAAUGGUGUUGAUUACAAAGUUCUUUUCCAAGGUGAAGUUGGUGAGACCGACGCUCUCCGAGCUAUCUAUUACAAAUACAACGUCCAGUGCACCGCAGCGCUUCUCGCAGUCUUGAGACAAGAAAAGAUAAGCAUGUUAAAAGAUCUUCUUACUGGACUUGAGUGCACACGGUGAUCAUAUUUUUGCUCACCGCAACAACCGCACGUCUCCCUGAUGUAUGUCAUGACGUCGCAGUCCUGCAGUAACAAGUGAUGCAGUUAUACUAUGAAUGCUGCGUAAAUAAGUUCUUAUGUUUUCAAUCAGGACCGGGUUUGGUAAUGGUAAUGGUUUGAUUUCAUUUGAACGUGCAUCAGAUUGCAAUUGAAUGCAUCACAUAAUCAGUUCACAGUUCCACAUGUCCGAAAGGAGUAGGAAGAAGCAAAGCUUAUUACAUCCUACCCCUCCAUCUGGUACUUUUACCAGAUGGUAAAAGUAGCA